UCACUUACCAAGCCUGCAGUGCAGAGAAAAAGGCAAAAGCCAGAAGCAUUCUCUCUAGUAACAGCUACAUGGAAGUGUUGCACCAACAUUGAGGUUGUAGGUCCACAUUAUUUCCUCUAGUUAUUUCUGGUCAUUAUCCAGAUCCCAUUAUCGCUACUUGGUCAGAGCUCUAAAGAAAAAUCAGAGAAAAGAUUUAGAAAAUGGAGGGAAAAGUUUGGGUUGUAUCACAUCAGAUCCAACGGCAGAGCUCUAGAUUUAAGAUAGAAUGGUAAUGGAAAAUGGAAUCCUGAUCCGAGAAAUGAAGGCUAUCUAUUUGCAUUGUUUCAUCAUUCUGGUGUUACUCAAUGAAUAACCAUAAUGGUCCGAAUACGAAUAUUAAGGAAGGUUAGUCUAAUAAUUGAAGAAAUGCAUACACCCAAAACUAGCUGAUGGGUGCUGUUUUCAUUGCGAGACAUUAAAUUUGUCAAAGAUAUCCCACAAGAUCUUCUCGUCAGUUUUGGUUUGCUUGCAUCAUCAUUUUCAGGCUCUUUUCUCUCGCCUUUCUCUGAGACUAUAUCUGUUCAAAAGUACACUGCUGAAACAGUAGUCUCUCUUUUUUCACAUUUGAUUGCCUUAAGUUCUUAGUUGUUUGAUUCUGAAGAGAAAGUGUGAUACUUUGUUACUGUAUUACUCUUGCUUCUCAUCACUUUGGCUUUCUUGUUCAGAAUAGCUUAAAAAGAAAGGGACUGUCUGAAAAAUGGUGCUGAGAAGACCUGGCAGGAACAGGAAUUUCAACAGAGAGAAUCCAGAUAUUUUGAUUAUGAUGAUUGCAGUGGAUCAGAUAAUAAGAGGUUGUGAGCAGGACAAAGGAGAUGGCACAGAGAGGAAGGGGAUGGGCCCUUUAAAGCCUGCAACAAAGAGUGAGUGGUUUCUGCAUCCCAAGAGCUAUGGUCUCUCCUCUUUCUUGCUCUCCACCCCCUGGUUUUCUCUUGUGCGGCUGAUACUUCCUUCUAUCUUUAUUUAGUGGGUCCAUUUCCUCCAUCUCCACCUUCAUGCAGAGUCCUCUUUUUUGCCUCUUCACUCUCUCUCUCUUCCUUUUAAUGGUUCUCUGAGAUGGGUGUCAUUCAUUUUCCAGAGCUGUACGUAUUUUAGCUUUAAAGUUUGAGAACAGAGAUUGAGAUUAUACAUCUCCCUGCCGUUCAAUCCUCCAAACUUAAGCUUCUCGGGGUUUGAGCGCUUGAAGCUAUUCCAUUCUCCUUUUUUCAUGCAAAAUUUUGUAUCACUUUUCUUUUACCAUCGGCUUUAUGUUGUUGUGAUUUGGCAGAAGCCGGAAAAGUGGGAAUACAGCACCAGUCAUUAUUACUUCUUUUCCCCUUGUUUUUUUCUAUAAAAGCAAAGCUUCUCUUCCACUUUAUCUGAACUUUCACAAUGGCACCCUUUUCUGGAGAAACAAAAGAAACCAAGUUCUUUGAAUCUUCUCCUUUUUCUUUUUUAAGUUGUCUUUGAUCACCUGUGAGUGAAGAACCAUAAAGCAGUGAACAUUAUAGCAAUUUUUUUUCGUUUUAUAACUUGCAGGUUUAAAGCUCUUCACUAAGCCAUCACAUCCAUUUAAUUUGCUUAGAAAUUCAGGACACGGUCAUUUUUUUUUCAGGGGAUUUGGUGUGGGGCUUUCGCUCUAAGUUUCUCAUCCUAUAUAGGAUGACAGAGAUUCAUCAAAUGGAAGCUAAAAAGUGAAUGUGGUUUGAAUCGAGUAUGUUAAUCUCAGCUGUUGCUUUGGAUAAAGAAUGGUAGUUUUCCGUCUAGACUGCGUAUGGGUGGGCGAAUGAUUUGAUGAAUGCUCUGGUGGAUAUGGUAAACCCAAAUUCUGUUGUUGUAUGUGAAAUUCUGCCUCUUGGCUUUUAGAACUCAGUUGAUACGUCCAAUUAAUGAACUAAGCAAUAUUACAGCUGGAUUUCCUAUCUUUUUAAGUCUGCGGGAGUCUGGAUGCUCUGCUCUUACUAGUGCUGAUAAUCAUAUAGUUGAACAAUUGACAUUUUGAGGUUUUCCAAUGUCUACUGCCCUGCAACGAAUCGAUAUGGGAGAUGCUUGUCUGGGUCCCUCUGUGAAUGAUAUUCGUGGAAAUACAAAAGAUUCAGCAUUUCCAGACCCACAGUUCCAGCAAUUAGAAACCUUUAGAACGUGCUUCUUACACAGUUACUCUAAUGCUUCAAAUUCUUCAUUUGCAAGUUCUCUGAUCUGUGAAGGUGAUGAGUCUCUAUGUAAUGCAAAUAAUAAGUGGGAAAGCGAUAGGUUUCAUUGUAUUCAGCAACUUUCUGGGGAGAAUCCGGAAACAUCUGAUUCCCAGACCGUCUUGUCCAUGGAACACCUGCACCAGAAUGGCUGGAUGUCAUCUAACACUAUGAACUCUAAGUUAUGGAAUGAGCUUUCUCUAAGCCUUGCUACAACCGAACCCGUCCUCAGUGGAGGAACUGAUUUCCUGGACCAGUAUUCUCAGUUGACUUUUUCUGGUGCUACUCAACCUUGCUUGAACAGCACAGAAUUAGCCUCGAACUUAAAUUCAGGCAGCUCUAGGGACCUCUCUCUAAGUUAUGGAUGUGGUAAUUCUGUUCGCCUUUCUCGAGCAAUAGCAGGAUCUAGAUAUCUUUCGGUCAUUCAAGAUGUACUUUCUCAAAUUGCAAGCUAUCCACUGGAAAACUCAGAUCAAGUUGAUCAUUCAACUACUGCAACUGGGUUUGUGCCGUUGUCAUCAUCAAGUUCCCUGGAUGAUGCAACGAUUGAAUAUGGUUCUGAUGUUACUGGUAGAUACAGUUCUCAAAUGGAGCCGGAAUGGCAAAAUCUAUCUGUUGAUGCCAAGAAGUCCCAUCUGUUGACUCUACUACAAUUGAUUGAUGAGAGGUACACUCAAUGCUUGGAUGAGAUUCAUACCGUUACUUCUGCGUUUCAUGCUGCUACUGAUUUGGACCCUCGCUUGCAUACUCGAUAUACACUCCAGACGAUCACUUCGGUGUAUAAAAACUUGAGGGAGAAGAUUACCAGUUGUAUUUUUGCUAUUGGGAAGCAUUCUAACGCAACGUGCACCAAGGAGAAGGAAAAAUUCUUUGAGGCAACAUUCUUACAGAAGCAGUGGGCUCUCCAGCAGUUGAAAAGGAAAGAUAAUCAAUUAUGGAGGCCACAGAGAGGCUUGCCUGAAAAAUCUGUCUCCGUUCUUAGGGCAUGGAUGUUUCAAAAUUUUCUCCAUCCGUACCCCAAGGACACAGAGAAGCAUUUACUUGCAGUAAAAAGUGGAUUAACUAGAAAUCAGGUGUCUAAUUGGUUCAUCAAUGCUCGUGUCCGAUUGUGGAAACCGAUGAUCGAGGAAAUGUAUGCUGAAAUGAGCAGAAGAAAAUCCAAUCAAAAUGAGGAGGGAAUCGAAAGAAUUCAUUGUCCCAGAUAAGCAUUAGCAGUGAGAAGAUGUGGCUCGAACUGUGAAAAUGAUAGACAGUAUUGAGCACUGUAUGGAACUUGAAUUGAUUAGAAAAGUGUACUAGACUGAAUUAAAUUCAACUAUAUAUUCUUUUUGACAAUUUAACCUGAGAAA